UGCUCUGUGGGGCCAUUCUAGGCGGAGGCGGGUUGACUUCUAUCCGCUUGAAUGAGGCACCAUCAACAUCAAAGAAUCUCGCGCUUUGCACAUCGGGACUCCCUAUCGUGUUAGCAGCGGAGACUCACGAGAACACCCUUUUGACAGCUCGUAACAGAGCCUGGCCCUCACAGCUACACCGCUUGGGUCUCCUGCGCACCCGCAGCGAUUACCACCGCUCGUCAGCUGGCAUUUUUCUCACAGACAAGAACCCAGAGCCAUGGCAUCCUCCGCCACAAUAACACCACCAGCACAGGGGGGUGACCUCCCACUCGCGAAGCUCACUCUCCCCGACGACCAGAUCUUCACCCUCCCGGACAACCGCGGGACCCUAAGCUACAUCGUCUUCGGCGACGCUUCGGCCUCUCCGCACCGGACAGCCUUCUUCAACCACGGCACGCCCGGCUCGGGCCUGGAGGCCGCAGGGUUCGACAAGCUCUGCAAGGCCCGGCGCAUCCGCGUCAUCGGCGUCGACCGGCCGGGCAUGGGCCGGUCGUCGUUCCAGCCUGGCACCGGUGGCGGCGGCAACAACACCAGCAGACGCAUCGCCGAUUGGCCCGCCGACAUCCUCGCGCUGGCCGACCACCUGGCGAUCCCGUCCUUUGCCAUGAUCGGCAUCUCCGGCGGCGGGCCGUAUACCUACGCGUGCCUGGCCGAGCUGCCGCGCUCGAGACUCGUCGGCGCGUGCAUCGUGGCCUCGGCAUAUCCGGCCCACUUGGGGUUCGAGGGGAUGAUGCUGCAGAACAAGAUCGUCUUCACAGUGUCUUCAUGGAGCCCGUGGGUCGUGGAGAAGCUGUUUGACUUUGCGAUCGGGCGGGUCGCGCGGGACACGGCGCACCCGGAGCGGCUGGCCAAAAUGCUGGGCGACGGGUUCAACGUCAAGGCGGACAAGGAGGCGUGGCAGACGGGCGGGCGGGCCAAGACGGAGGCCGGCGUGGACCCCGCGGAGUUCCGUGCGUUCAUGGUGGAGGAUGUGCGCAGGGCAGUGAUGGGAGGUUGUAGAGGCGGCGCGUGGGACAUUUAUGCCAUCACGACGGACUGGGGGUUCAAGCUGGAGGAUGUUGCGGACAAGGUGCAGGCACUGGCAGGGACGGACGAGGACAAGAAGAAGCUGGUCGUCUGGCAUGGGGCGCAGGACGUCAAUUGCCCCGUCGGCUGGGCUCUGAAGGUCAAGGAGGUUAUUAGGGACGCAGACUGGAGGAUCUCGGAAGCUGAUGCUCAUUUUAGCGUCACGGUCAACCAUCUCGCUGAUGUGGUGGAGGUCCUUGAUAGAAUGCUGGCAGAAUGAGAGGUCUGGCGACGAGAUGUAACGAUACCAAUGAUAGACGAGGCUCCCUGGCGUCCCAUUAUCUCUAGGAAGCAAGGAAGGGAAUGGUGUAAAAGCUGUAUGAGGUAGACAAAGAUGAGCAAAGUGUGUGAAAAGAUGAGGUUUUCGAA